GCAACAGAGCGAGAAACGACGUAAGAAUAGCACUCUGUUACAACAACAAGUCGCAGUAGCAUCACAUGAAAAUUGAAAUGCCCUUGGAAAAUAUCAUCCAAUCAGAGAGAGACUGGUGUGCACUCAGUCAUCAGCGCUGUUUACAAUAAUUUUCUCUACAGUAUAGGAUAAAUGGCUUGGAAUGGGGCGUCUCUUCGCAAUUUUGAUGCAUUCGCCAAACCACUAAAGGACUUCCGUAUAAAAACUCUUUCGGGUGCAUUAGUCUCAAUAUUGAGUACUUUUAUUAUUGGAAUUUUGUUUACAUCAGAACUCCUUUCAUUCUUACACCCUCAGAGUAAACAAGAGAUAAUAGUCGAUGUUAACCGAGGAGAAAAAAUGUUUAUUUACCUCGAUGUAACUCUGAACUACAUCCCAUGUACAUUCCUCAGAUUAGACACAAUGGAUACAUCAGGUGCACAACAAUUAAAUGUGAUGCAUGAGAUCUACAAAACGAGUGUUUCAGUCGAUGGUACUCCUCUAUCGGACAGCGUUCGUCAUACUGUCAAUGAUCCUUCUGCUAUGACAACAACAAAAGACCCCAACUAUUGUGGCUCUUGUUACGGGGCAAAGUCUCCCACAAGAAAGUGCUGCAAUACAUGUGAAGAAGUCCAAAUAGCAUAUCAUGAAAUGCAAUGGGUAUUUUCUAACGCUUCUGCAUUUGAACAAUGCCGAAAUGAAAACUGGGAGGACAUGAAACAAAAGAUAGGCAGUGAAGGAUGCAGGGUCCAUGGUAGCCUAACGGUAAAUAGAGUUGCGGGAGCUUUUCAUAUUGCUCCUGGCCAUAGUUACACUGAAGAUCAUGCACAUGUUCACAGUAUUCAGAGUCUCGGACUUGUUCAAUUUAACGUUUCACAUUCGAUUGGGUCUCUUCGUUUCGGUGACUCAUAUCCUGGUCAAAUUAAUCCACUAGACAAUACGAAAACGACAAUUGAGAAACAUUCACAAAUGAUAUCAUAUUACUUGAAAUUGGUACCGACCAUGUACAACAGUCUUAACAAGCGGGAUGGUACUUUGCUGACUAAUCAAUACUCUGCUACCUGGCAUUCCAAAGGUACUCCCUUAUCUGGAGAUGGUCAAGGUCUACCUGGUGUAUUUUUCAACUAUGAAAUCGCUCCACUACUCGUCAAGAUUACUGAGGAACAAAAACAACCUUAAUGUAUAGAGAAUUAUGACAGCCUAUGGUCUCUGUAGCCGAAAUAAGUCAGUUGGAAUUGGAACGUAAGACUUAUGAACUGGAAGUCAAUUGCUUAAGUCAUUGAAUCAAAUUUUCAUGCACUGCGUAAUAAUAACUCAAUAAAAACCAUUUAUAAACCAACAAGUUGACUAUAUUGAUAUGAAUUAAUAUUAAUAAUACGCAUUGAAAAUAACCUCGUUCACUAUUCUUCCAUUUAACUGCUUUCAAUAUUGCAAUUCUUUGAAAUCUAGAUCACUUGUACACUUCCUCACAAAUACUUGUGCAAUCAUUGGUGGAGUAUUUACAGUGGCAAGUCUAGUGGAUGCGUUCAUUUAUCAAUCUUCAUGUAUGCUACGUAAUCGUCGGAAUAAACACUGAAAUGCAUCUGAUGGCAAACACUCUAAUCCAUUUGUUCAUUUCUACUUAUUUCAUAAUAUUUCACCUAUGGCGUCGGUCUUUCACAUACUACUCUAACAUAUAUGUAUAUUGUAGGUUAAGAUAUAUAUUUUUUUGUUUCUUUUAAUUUAUAUCUGUCUGACUACUUGGUUAUUGUUAAUACUGAAAAGAAAAAUUCCUUAAGUUUUUCUCACUUGUAUUUUUCUUUGUUGUGCUUUUAACCUCUAAUUUCUUUAGUGAGUUACGAGAAAGAAAAAAUAUAUAUAUAUAUAAACA